AUGGACGGAGAGAAGAACGGGUCGGUUGAUUUGGGGGAAGAAGAGGACAUCAUUCAGAAUAUCGGAGCAGUGGCGUUUGAAGGAGGAGCGGACACGAGCUUCUCCACGAUCCUCGGCAUUCUCACCGCGCUCGCCCUCAACCCGGGGGUCGUUGCCAAAGCACACGCUGAACUCGAUGCGGUAGUCGGUGCUUCUCGGUUCCCCGAUUUCUCGGACCGGGUGGCUCUCGUGUACGUAUCCGCGAUAGUCCUCGAAGGUUUGCGAUGGCACAAUGUUGCGCCUCUUGGCGCACCGCACUACACGAUGACAGACGAUGAGCUGGACGGAUUGUUCAUCCCCGCCGGGACAAUCGUCAUAGCAAACACUUGGGCUUGUCUGCACGAUCCUGAGGCGUACCCCGACCCGGAACAAUUCCGACCGGAGCGAUUUAUUAGCGACGGACAGCUGGACAAGAGCGUACGUGACCCCACGGCGUUUGCGUUCGGCUACGGGAGAAGGAUCUGUCCUGGGCGGCACUUCGCGGUCGACUCGAUAUUCAUCAACAUAGCAUCCAUUCUGCACGUCUUCGACGUCACUCCCCCGGUUGACGAUAAUGGAAGGCCGGUCAACGUUGUGUAUGAGGCAACGGAGGGGAUCAUAUCCUAUCCUGUAGACAGCCGAUGCACCAUCAAGCCCAGAUCUGCCCAGGCCGAACGUCUCAUACGAUCACAGAACACGAAGGCGGAAGUAUGA